AUGUCUGAUAGCACCAGAUAUUGUGCGGAAGCGCAGCGUAGGGCAAGGCAGUGUGCAAGCGCCGGACGGUCUUUUGCUUGCGGAAUAGCUGCCAAAAUCUGUUGCACUCAGACUACGCUGUGGAAGGAAAGCACCAGUGGCAACGGUCCUCUGUCAGCAGGUCUGUUGCAAAAAGCGGUGGACAUUUUUCUGAAUUUGGACGCUAAUCAGGAUCCAAAGGUGUUUGUCGUAGGCAAUACAGUCUCAGUGUCCAUGCUCAUUUCUAAACUCCAAGAAACGGACACAGCAGCAUUGACAGAGGUAAGAUACGGUCAGAGACAUCCAGAAGCAGCAUGUCUCAAAACUCCUGGAGUAUUCUUGUUAGGAACAAAAACGGCUUCCACGUAUACCAUGCGAAUUUCCACGGCAUCAAGCGAGGAUGAGACUACACGGGUGCUGCUGGCGUUAUACUGGUGGGGAAGUCUUCCACUGGAUGCCCCAACGGUUCAGGUCACGAUCGAGGAGUUGGAGCUGUAUGCUCAGGCGCUGGACUUGCUAUUGCCAGCCUUCAGCCUUUUCCCAGAAAAGGAGUAUAUGAUCAUUCUACAGCCACCCGUGUCGGGAAGCUCUGCGGCAUCACCGCUAUUAAGCUACUUUCAAUUGGCCACAAGGCGUUCAAGCAGCACUCUGGAUCAUUGUCUCUACAUCUUGCACAGGCAGAGUCUACUCUGCCCCCCCAUAGUUCAGCCAAUAACGCCCAAGGAGUGGCAAGAAGCAGCGAGCUUUGCCGCCUCCGCUGGCAUUCGACUAGACGACUUCAAGAACUGCAUCGUCUGGUCAAAGGACUGCAUGAGUGGCAGCCUCCAGAGCAGCAGCGAAGCCAGUCUUGUGAAGGAAGAAGAUGGCAUGUCAGGACAGCAACUCAAUUCUUCUGAAGUGCUGUGUGCAACAAGCGACGCAUUGAGGGGAUCGGAAGAGACGGCUACCGGCACAAACAAUCUGAAGGAGCUUUCUUAUUCUCAAGUCUACGCUCCAGAGAAAAGUUCGACAACUGAGGGCGAAGCUGCAAGCGGAGCAGGCAAAGCAGCACAUUAUGCAGUGCCGAUACGACUCCCUCCCGCCCCUGCCCGAGGAAAACUUCUUGAACGCCAUUGA